AUGAACACGCCAGUAGAUUCCUUUGGCAUGCCUUUGCGCACCUGCAGCGCUGCUCCACGUUUUGGAGGUGACUACACCCAACUGGUCAACUUCCUGGAGUCAGUAGAACGACUCGCGCAACCACUUGGGCUGUCAGAUAAGGACAUUAUCAAGUAUGCCUUGAAGUAUUCUGCGCCUAAUGAGAGAGAGGUGUUCCAGUGCUAUGAAGGUAACAACACCUAUGAAGAUUUUGCUAACUUCGCCUUGUUCAUGUAUCCAGAAUGCGCAAUUAAGCGCUACACGCGCCCUACUAGCGCGAUUUCCGCUAUUCCGCUUCCGCCCCUUGAAGCGUCCCCUAAAGCGCCACCUGUAGGUGCGCCUCAGCAACCAGAACGCGCCCAAGAUCAGCUAGUAGCAGCAGCUAUGGCGCCAAUAUGCGAAAUACGCGAAACCCUUCCCCUUCCGCCUACUCCAACAUUGCCUAUCAUUGAAAUCGUGUUCGCACCAGCACACAUCGAGGCGCCUAUUGUAGGCGAACCUACAGAGCAUCAGAGCGACACAGAAGAUCAGUUGGACGAAGUGGUUUCACCCCAGCUCGACAUAUGUGAACCUACCGCUAUCGCGAACGUGCCAAAUGCGCUACCAGACGAGAUCACGCCAUCCAUCAUCAGCAAUGACCUUCAACCCCAAUCGCAUUUUAGCGCGCCUAUUCAGGAGCAUUCUGCAGUGACAGAGCUCCAAAAUGCGCCUCAUUUCAACCACAGUUUGUCUCUACUAAAUCCGCUUGUUACUGACAAUACCGCGCAUAUCGCGUUUUCCGCUUUCAGCGACUUCCACUUGCCAGUCAAACACCCAUGUAUCAAGUCACCCACCCACCAAGUAGAACAUGUCUCAGGCGACCCUGACACGCCUCCAGUGCACCCUAUGGCGCCUGAGGUCGCACAUGUCACGCACUUUGAGGCACUGUAUAUUCAACCUUCGCUCAUUUCGCCUUUUUCGCUUAUUUCGCGUUUUUCACUCUCAUUGAGUUUUUCAUCAGUUGCUAAUGCUUCGCCUUUGCCUUCAUUUAAGCUUACCAUUAUUCCCUCACUCAGGCGCCACAGUCGCGCGCCUCACGCCUUAAUUCACGCGCCUAAGGCGCCCAUCAUUACAUCAAAGUUUUCCCUCCAUCGCAUUUUUACCACUUUAUCAUUUUUAAAUUGCAUUCCUCACAUUCAUCAUGACCCAUACUUCAAUCAGCCAUUCAGGCGCGACUUAGGCGCGCGCCUGACACACAUACAUCCGCCUACAUCAUCCAUCAUUACAUUUAACAUUGCACCAUCUGUCCUUAUUCACAUUUUUCGCAUUUUCGCUUAUCGCAUCCAUAACAUCCUUUCAUUUUAUAUCAAGUACCAUUCAUUCAUGAUCAGGCACCUAUGUCGCCUUGAUAUAUCAUUCAUACUCAUCAUUCGCGUCACAUUCACGCCUAAUUUCACUGCACAUAGAUCACUCACUAACGCAUUUUCGCUAUUUCAGCCUAUCCUCGCGCAUACAGAGGAUAUAAUCAUUUUCGCGCCUAAAUGCGCUAACGCGCCAGCAUCGCCUAUCGCCUAUCGUGCUGUAGCGCCUUUCAACCACUGUCGCCUCGCCUCGCCUUGGCGCGCGCCUAAUAGGCGCCACCAAGUGCAAGAGUUCAUCCCACCAGUCACUAGUCCGCCACUAUCGCGAGUUUGA